CAAUUUAUAUGUUCUUAAUGCUUUCAUUCCACGAUCACAAAAGUCACCUAGUUGAAAUUCAAAUCAUUCAUUAUCAGUUAAGAUAAAAGCAUCACAAUGAGGCUGAUUUGGGUGUGGAUGGUGAUUCUGGUUGUCCCACAGGUAUCAACCAUUUUCUGGAGCCGGAGACGUAGACGAAGUCCAUCCCCACGAAACUGUGAACCUGGGCCUUGGCGUAGAUGGAGCUCGUGUACCCACAGGUGUGGCAAUGCUGGCAUGCAGACUCGUACAAGGGGCAAAGAUGUGACUGAAUGUUGCGGGGGAAGCUGUCAUGAAACGUUCAGCGAAAGCCAACCAUGCAACAGGAACGCGUGUCGUAAUGGGGGAAAACCAGUUUACGGUCGGUGCGAGUGUAAGAGGGGGUGGAAAGGGACAUGCUGUGAGACAUAUGACCACCUUUGCCAACCAAAUCCAUGUCAGCACGAUUGUGACCAGUGCAGAGACGAUAGUUGCGUAGGCGAUUAUACAUGUAGCUGUUAUUCAUGUUACACAAAAGUUGGCACUAGAUGUGAGCUACGACAGUGCCGUAUUGGAAGUAGAUGCUACAGCUACGGUAGGGUAAACCCCUCGAAUCCGUGUCAGGAUUGCCAAAGCAGCCAGAAGACCCGUUGGACAAACAACAAUGCACUAUCGUGUAGUGAUGGCAACUUGUGUACGAAAAAUGAUCGCUGCGUGAACGGCGUGUGUGUAGGAACUCCAUUCACGUGCAGAUCAUGUGAAAGCUGUGAUGGAACUGGAUGUGUGAUUAAUCCGGGUUACUGUGUGAUUGAUGGAAUAUGUUACACAAAUGGGAAUCUUCGCCCUGGGAACCCAUGUCAGCAAUGCAACGAUAACUACCAAACGAAAUGGUCAGAAGCAGACAGCACCUGCAGCGAUAACAACGAGAAGACGAGGGAUGAUAGCUGUGUGAAGGGAGUAUGCAAAGGCGAACCGUAUUCGUGUCUUCCAUGCGAAGAUCACCACAACGACGUGUGCAGAUUAAAGUCUGGGAACUGUUCCAUUAAGUUGAACGAUGAUGUAUACGCGUGCUAUCGUGCCAAUACGACGAAACCUGGAAACUUAUGUCAGUGGUGUAACCCGGAUAUAACGACGUCGGCAUGGACUAAAAGAAACGGUACGACCUGCGACGACGGAGAGAUGUGCACAAGAUCCGACAAAUGUCGAAAUGGUCAAUGUGGAGGAAUCAGUUUUCAAUGCACCUCACCAUGUCAAUACUGCGACGGAAAUGGUUGCAGUUUACACCCAGGAUUUGGAUAUGUGGCAGGAAAUUGUACUUGUAAAAUAGCAGGUAAAGACUACAGUCAUCAACAAAUAAACCCAAACAAUGAGUGCCAAUGGUGUGAUUUGUACCACAAUGCUUCCAAAAGACGCUCUGUGUGGACUAACAUACCUUCGAUCUCUUGUAACGAUAACAACGCGUGUACCAAAAACGAUUUUUGUUACAACGGCAGGUGUGUAGGGGAUUCAUACAGUUGUAACUCAUCAUACCCACAAUCCAGCUGUAUACAGCGUUCUGAGUGUAUGGGUAACGGCUCAUGUAAGGAUAUAAUGAGAAACAAAGGAACAAUAUGCGACUCAGCUGAGGAUAAAUGUGAUCAACCUGAAAGGUAA